AUGACCACUUUUGAGCAGGCUCUAGAAGAACGCUUCGGCUCAAACCACACAAGCAUUGUAACGCAGCCAACGCAUGAGCUAGAAAAACCAGAUCCAUUCAGCCCACCUGGCUUCGGCAGAUCACAAACGCAGUUGAGCCCGCAGAAGGUGGAGCGGAGAACCUCACUCACGCCACAGCUUCAGAAUCUCGGCAAAUCAAACUAUAUAUCACCCAAUCGUGGUGAGCGUAGUGGCUCAUCGAGUCCAGUUGCCGAAGAUCACUCUCUCAAUGAGUUCGAGAAGGCGAUCGGGGAUAGAAGCAAUCUCAGAAGACACAGCAGCCUUUCUAGAGAUGCCAGCUCAGCUGGUCUUAAGGAUAAUGGCCCUGCUCAUAAGAAAGCUUCUCCGAGUCCGUUACCAGCACAGCUGGGCGGACCGCCUCCCUUUCAAUUGAAAGGGCCCAUAAAUCCACCACUCCCUCGAAACAAUUCUAAUAGCGCUCCCCCAUUCACAAAUCACAAAUCCAAUAACAUACGCCACACCGAACUCCACAAUCUAGUCGACGUCAUCAAUCAGCGUCCAGAUGCGGUCAAGGAGGAAAUUUUAAUCGUAGACAUUAGAUCGUACACUGCAUUUUCUACUUCUCGCAUUCCAGGCGCAGUUAGCAUUUGUCUUCCAUCAACAUUGCUCAGACGUCCAAUUUUCAGCCUCGACAAAAUCAUUCAGAUGGUUCCAGAUCCUCAUGAUAGAAGUAAGCUUGAGGCUUACAGGAAAGCAAAGACUAUCAUUGUUUACGACACUGACACUAAUUACGUCGGAGAAGGUAUGCAAGGCACGCCCGCUGCAUUGCUGGGUGUAUUUAGGAAGUUUGAAAACGCCGGAGCUAGUGCUUCAUUGGAGUACAUAUCAGGCGGUUUCGCUGCCUACACGCAAGUAAAAGAUGCACCAGUGGAGACUACUCCAAAAUCAAACGGCUUCGCAGAAGGUCAAAAUACAGAUGGUACGCCUAAGGGCGAAAACUCCUUCGUUCAGCCACGCAACCUACCCUUUGCAGCUUUCCAAGGUGUUUCUACCACUACAAAUAAAGCUAGUCCUCGCAAUCCGCAUAGUAGCCACAGUGGUGAUAAAUUUGCUGCUAAUCCUUUCUUUGACAGCGUUAGACAGAAUAGAGAGCUCGCAAAUGGAAUGUCUCAUGAGCGUAUUUCUAUGUCUAUCUCAGAUGAAAGUAGACGGAAUUCUUACAAGCUUCCAACUUUCCUCAGAAGAAUUGUCGACAUGUCUGAGAAGCAAGCCAACGAUGAAUUGGCUUAUCAGUUCUACAGACUGGAAAGGACCGAGCAAAAGAGAAUGAUGGAAGUUUUUGACUGGCUUUCGAACAAUUCCCAGACUCUUGACGGAAAUGGCAAUCAAUCGAAAUCCUUGGGUAGCAAAGAGCGCGACGAUACUUUCCACCUAGGCAAAGCUCGUAAGAUUGAUAGAUACAGUAUCGGUGCAGGUGUGGAGCUGGGUCAUAAGAACAGAUACAGAAACAUAUAUCCAUUUGAGCACACCCGUGUCAAGCUUAGAGAUCCUGAAGAUAGUGACGGCAAUGAUUACGUAAACGCUAAUCAUGUUCUGCCUGGGUUUGGUUUCGACAAGAAUGACGGUUUCGCUCCCUCACCAUUGUACACAGGUCCGGCACCACCUCAUGCUGCUGGCGAAAGUGAUAAAACUCCUAUUAUCAGGGAAGCUCGUAAGGAUCUUAUGCAUCACACCAAGCGCUAUAUUGCUACGCAAGGGCCAAUGGAGUCUACACUCAAAGACUUCUGGCAGGUAUGCUGGGAGCAGGAUGUCGCUUUGAUCGUUAUGCUCACAAAGCAGCGUGAAGGUGGCCUUGACAAGUGCUGCCGCUAUUGGGCCAACAGAGUUCUUGACGAAAUCGAAAUCCAGGUUCUUACGACUGAGGGAGAUGAAGGCAAUGAAAGCGGUGAAAAGAAUACAUCUUCAAAGCAAUCAUUUAUUGGAAGACAGAGCUCAACUGAAGAUGCCAACAAGGAAAAGUAUGAGACUACGUACGUAAAGAGGACCAUUAUGUUGAAGAAUCGUGAAUUACGACAGGAGAAAAUAAUCACACAAUAUCAGUAUCUUGGAUGGCCGGAUUUUGACACACCUACGCUGCCGGAUGCACUUUUGCCAAUGAUAGCGGAUGUCAACGGGUUAUACGACUCGCAUAGGGGACCAAUAGUCGUACAUUGUAGUGCAGGCGUUGGUCGAACAGGAUCAUAUGUUGCUCUUGACACAAUGCUUGAUCUAUUAAGAGACGAACGAAAGAGCAAACUACGCAGAAGAGGCUCUAAAUCGCAGAAAAUUAGCAGUGACGAUAUGCAAGUGGAUAUGUUGAGGCCGGGUCUAAAGAAGGUUGCUGGAGAUAGGCGUACAACUUCCAAGGAUGGCACUGAUAUGGAUCAACAUAAUGAUGUUAAUAUGCAAGUUGAAAGACAAACAUCGUCUAGCAACAUUGGUCAAAAAGUGGACUUCCCCUUCGGACCACCUUCACCUCCAACCGAACUUAGAGGCAAGUUGUCAAGCAUGUCUUCGCAAGCUUCUGGUGUGAGUGAGACCGGGGACGUUGGUGACAGUCUCAAAGCCGCAAAUUUGGAUGGAGAAAAGCCAGAGCACCAGCACUGUGGUGUUAUUAAAGGGCUGCAUGAACCAGUUUGCGAUGUCGUGGAAGAUUUACGCGAGCAGAGAAUGUCAAUGGUAUCCACGCUUCGUCAGUACGUUUACGUGUAUUCAGCACUCGUUGCCGGAGUAUUAAAUGAGAUAAAGAACGAGAAUUGUUAA